AUGACUUCUACUUCUGAUCAGAGGAUGUCACAACCUCAUGUCUCUUACUGCUGUGGCUCUUGUGGAUACCCUCUGAACUUGACAUCAUCCAAUCGAAUCACAUCUAACAUUGCAUCUGAAUACAAAAAGUCUGUUAAGAAAGGAUCAAUCUCAUUUUCUUCAGUUGAUCUCAGUCGUUUUACACAGGUUGAUAAAAUAAACUGUUUUCCAGUCUCCUGGUUGAAUCCUUCAAAGACUAAACUGCUUUGCCGUAAAUGCGGGGUUCAUAUUGGUUAUGGUUAUGGUAGAGAAUCACCUGCACUUUGUGGAUGUGAGCCUUCCAUUUCAUCUGACACUCUAAGAAAAUUCAGCAUAAAGAUUCGAUCAUUACAGCCUUCUUCAGAAGAGUCUUGA